CUGCCGCCGACCAACUCGCCAGAGGUCCAGCAGUGGCUCCAGGAAGUCGCAAACUCGGGUAUCCAGAUCCCAAACAUUCCCCCAACCGUCGCAGGCGGUUGCCCGACCAAUCAAGACCGAGUCGGUAACGUGCACUAGGCCCUCCGAUAUUACGACCUGCCCUGACAAGAACACUUGGGGUUUGAGCUACGACGACGGACCGUCCCCUGACACACCCCGGCUUUUGGAUUACCUUGCCUCCCAGAAUUUGCACUCGACGUUCUUUGUCGUAGGUUCGCGCGCUCUUUCGCGCCAGGAUAUUCUCCAAGCCGAGUAUAUGCAAGGACACCAGCUCUCCGUUCACA